AUGCGUUGUGUAAAGGGUGAUGAUCGGAAUCCAAGUGCAAAAGGGAAUUCGGAAUUCUGAGAUCCGUCAGGAACGGAGAUCAGAGAUGCGGAAUCGACGCCGAGGAAGUAAGAUUAGAAGUAUGGUUCAUCAUAGUCGACUGCAAUCUAGCUCAAGUCACCGAGAACAUGCUGUUAUACAUGUUGAUUGCAUUGAUUCCCCCUUCGGUUCAUGGAUAUCCUCACUAUCUGGAGUCUCAAUACCAAGCAUGUUCGCCGUGGAUCUACAUUCCGAAAUUUAAUAAAUGCUACAAAAAGUUCUGCGCCGACCGUUAUUACAAUGAUCAUAAACACCUAUGUAAGAGAUUGGGCGCACUACAGGUGAACAUCUGCAGCCUCGAGGAAAACCACAUUGUGGCAAGUAAGUUUCCUCGCUCUGUCCUCAAUGUUUCAGCUCUUCUAUUACUCCAUAUCAAUCUGAGUACCUCAGAUUUCUCAGAAAAGGCCAUAGGUUCUCUCUUUCCAUGA